GUCUUGCUCCGUCAGAGCUGCUGCCACCGCAAUUUCAUCGAUCUUGGAGGUAAUCCGGUGAAUGCAAGUCUCCCUGUUUCUUAAACACGGCCGCAGCUGCUCACUUGAACUGCUGAUCGGACUUACCGGAUGGAAAUUCUCGUUUCUCGGAGAGGAGGAAGAAACGGAAUUAACUGGAGUUACCUUUCUACCACGAAAACGCUUUGAGCAAUUAGCCUUUGAUGUGUUCGACGAAAUUCCCCUACCAAAUUCUCCACUGAAUCUCCUACUAGGAGAAGGUGACUUCAGGGUUCUGCUCGGCAGAGACGAAUACCCAGGAUUAAGCACCUCAGGCUCCUUUCUGAAGCUCUUCUGACGAGGUAGAGCAAUUGGAGAACUCGACCUCCCUCUCUUGUGCGGGCUAAUACCCUUCUCU